AUGUUAUAUGGAGACAAAGAUUCAMUGUGUGUCAACGAAACAAGAUACAAUCUAUUUUGUAAGCAUCCAAGUCUGCAGUCCCAUCAAAUCCCACCGACUGAGUCAGCUCUACGACAACAUCUUCAACGAGCUAAUUACCAGGCAUACAUCUGGAGAAAUGCAUUAUUACAAACCAUCCCUAGACAAGAACCAGAAGGAAAUGGCUGGAAGACUAUCGAUGGACAUUUAGAGGUUGUGUGGACUAAUCUAACCCCUGCACCAGAUGCUGUGAUGGAACUUGUGUCUUGUGCGUGUAAAGGUGGAACUAACAUGGCCAAGCCUGUACAAGAUUGGGAAGUGAAGUUUCUAGUAGACAAAUUUGACUUCAAUCAGGACUUGGUGUACAUUCCCCAUUCAUUCCAAAUGGAAGCUCAGGCAUUUCUCAACAAAAUCCUUGAUUCCUUAAAUGGAAAAGAAGUUGUCAUCUCUGGCGAUGGAAGGCAUGAUAGUGUUGGCCACUCGGCAAAAUAUGGUACUUAUACCAUAUUUUGCUGUACUAUUGGCCUUAUCAUUGAACUUGUUCUUAUGCAGGCAAAUCAAUGUGGCAGCUCCCAAAAUAUGGAGUUCAUGGGGCAUCAGAAAGCCUUUGUCUUUCUCSUAGGCACUGGUUUAGUCAUUAAGUCAUUCAUCUCAGACAGGCAUAAGAGCAUUACAAAGUGGAUGCGUGAGGACUGCGUAAAAAUGUGUAAGAGGCUUGGCAAACCAGUCAUUGAUCAUUUCUUUGACCUUUGGCACAUUGRUAAAAAGAUCAAAAAUGUUCUCAAUAAGCUUGGAAAAGAAAAAGGCUGUGAACACAUUGGACGAUGGAGCAAAGCCUGUGUGCGGCAUUUCUAUUGGAGUGUAACAUCUACACCACCAAAGGAGAGUGAACUGAUUGUUGCAAAGUUCAAGUCCUUUCUGUAUCACAUAAUAAAUCAGCAUAAGAAGAUCCCUGACUCUUUGUUUAAUAAAUGUUGUCAUGCCACAAUAAUAACCCCAAGAUUAUGGCUGACCAAAGGUUCAGAAGUGUACUGGAAACUACAUGAGGCAUUGACAAAGACAGUACUAUUGAAUGCCAUUAAAAAAGCUUCACCAAUUGCACAAACGAGCUCACUAGAGGGGUUCCACAGUGUUGUCAAUCAAUUUGCCCCCAAAAUGUUUGCGUAUUCGUAUCAUGGCAUGUAUUGCAGGUUAAUGCUUAUACAUCAAUUUCCUUGA